AGGUGUCGCUGAUAUCAAGCAUGCUUCCCCAGCCAUUCAGAAAUCUCACACCAAUUGUGGCUGGUUUGACUGAAAUACCCGACCUUGCUUUCUUCACCGACAACCGUGUUGAAGUUGGAGUUAUACUAGGACGAUCAGAGGAAUCCGUAUCACAGCUAAGUCAGGUUCUCAGUCAACUGGAUUUGCUGAAAUUCGCUCGACCCCAUUCAUCGGCUUUUCCUUUGGUUGGUCCGGGCUUACCUCCAGCACUGGGGGCCCCAGCCUACAUGGAUGUGGACGAUGCAACCAAACACGAAAGUGAUCAAGUGAACUCAAACAUUUCAAUUCGAGAUGCAGAGGUAUUAUCGACCGAGUUUAUUUCCUGCUCGUUGAACUUUGUUUUGGGCCGUUACGCAUUCCAGAAGCAACAUUUCGAGGAAGCUGAAGAGAAAUUCGGUGUAGCACUAUCAACCAUGCUCAAGGCGCAGCUUACCUAUACGGAGGAAGUGGGUGUGACACCGAGUUUACUGGAAGUAUACCUCAAAGCUUGUCAGUCUACAAAAGUUGACCGUCCUCUCCCCGUUGCAUUAGCUGCUGGUGCAUACCCAUCCCACUUUGUUCAAUCAUUUUGUGUCCGAUUUGAAAGCAGUGUCUUAGAGCAAAAGGAAACAGGUGAAUCAUUUUGGCGAGAAUCGCUUAGUCGUUCUGGAUUGGUGGAAUCUAGCUACCUGAAGCUAAUUACACCGGAAGAUAUUUCUGUUGAAGACCACCUUGUGCAAGUUCUGAUGGAGGAUGUGCAUUCAGAAGACAAAGGGUCAAAACAGCUGAUCGUGCCGAUCGACCAAAGCUUAAGGGAGCGACUGGCACAAUUAUGUUCUUUAUACACGGUCUCCUGGUCGAGCCGCCCAGUGCCCAGUACACUUCGCCCGACAAAGCUACCAAAAUUGGAGAGGACGCUGGUUACUGACGAAGCGGGGAAGUUUGAAUCGUGCCAACAAUUAUUCACCAAGGUUCUUGUAUGCAACACUGUUGAGCGUCUAGUGUCCGGCUUUUUCACCGCUCCCGCUCAACUUGCGAUUCUCCUAUUUACGACACCUACAACGUCUUCGCUAUCGAACGGUCACAAUGACGGGCACUCGCUUCCUCAAAUCGACCCUCAAUUGGGACGUGACUUUUUGUUAGAUUGUCUGGCCUGCUUCUUGCGGGUUGCUAUAAACAGAUCUACCUCCUGGGCUAGGCGUCAGUGCGAAUUUGUAUAUCAGUUCAUCACCUACUUGGUCCAGCAAGGAAUUAACUGGCUAGGUGGCGGCUUGACAACGCAGGCACGUGAAUCUGCUCUAUCCACAAUGCAAUCCAAUUUCACUGGUUUCUUAACUGCGCUGGUUUCACAUUGUCUAUUCACCCUUUUACCAACUGACUGCCGAGAAUUCGUACAGUCCCUAGCGCGAAGUCCCUCCUUCAUGUUCGACGACUCCACGAAAGAUUCAGUCCGACGAUUGGGUGUCGAUACAAAUCUCUGGGGGCUGAAUGGUCUGGCCCGAGCGUUGGAAUGUCGCCCUUCGGGAUCAUCUGAACCCGGCGAGAGGCGAGACGGCAAAUGGACAAGCAAUGAUCCUCCUGACAGUCAUUUCAAAUCCACGCUAGACGUUGAUAUGCGUAAUCCGAAUACUUCAGCCUUUACCAACCCACCCUCUGCUACUAACCGGAUAUCUUCUGACCGGGAACGGGACAUAUUUUGCGAUUCCACACCCAGCAUGCAUAGUUCCUUUGAAGUCAGUAUGCUUCUAGCUAGUUACUCGCCAAACGAUGUUAACACAAAUGUACGGCGACUCCUAAAAUCAAUGCCCGCUUGGGCUAUUUUGGAACUCAACGCUGCUUGGCUACCAGCACUUCGGCAGCUGAUUGGUUUGGAACUGUUUUCCGGCCCUUCUUUCACCGGAAUAUUGGACGAGAAUGUCAUUGACAUCUUAUUGACACAUGAACCACAUGUAGCCACCUUAUUGGUUGCUAUGGUUCAGCUUGCCAUGGCUUCAGUUGCUCUGCAGUUGCAAACGACGACCGAGUUGGCGCAUGCUCGUUCCUUGCUGCUGGCUGCUAUGAAUGGACUUGCCAGUCUCACAGCUGUCUAUUGCACUCCGUGUCAUCUGGGCCGCCUCACCGACGCAUUCCAAUGGCUACGUGCUGCAGUUCAACACGAGCUUUUUCUCAGUGAACUACUGGAAGUAUUUUUAGCACCAGCUCAUACGACCUCCGUUCCUAACCGAGACGUACAGGAGGGGAACGCAUCCAGUCAAAAUCAGUCAAUAAGGCGUUAUCAUUGGAGUGAUCUAUCUCGCAGAGCCAAAGUUUGUCUAUACCAUGCAGCCGGUUUACACCAAAAUGCCGCAGAAUUGGAGAAUAAGAUGUCUGCCACUACUCUGUUCGCCGUCUCUCCUCCUUUAGUUAUCUCCGCUGCCUGUUUUCUAUUAAUGAAUCAUGAACAUUAUUUUCUGUUACCUCCAGCAAAACACAGCAAAUCAUCGGGUUCCGGACUACCUAAGGGUCCGUUGUCCGGGCGUGGACCUUACUCAGGUCCGCUUGGAUUAAUUCGUGCUCUCUUACGCCUGCAUCGGACAGCGUCUUCAAUGAAUGUAUCUUGUUCCAGCAGUACUGAUUCUGCUUGUGCUGCUGACGUACCCGGUUCCUCAGACUCUACUCGAUCAGGUGCUACUGAUUGGAUCAAUGACAGCACAGUGACACCCUCAACUCGGUCCAAUCCUGCCAACCGUCCACAAACUCAUUCUCUGAAGACCUCCAUCAACAACUUAUGGAACUUGGUCUUGUUCGGUUGCUUGGUCCCCGAACUGACUGAACAACAGCAACAAUCGCAAGAUGUUGCGGGUCCUACUGCUUUUGAUGGCAAAAUGGAGCGAUCUCAGAUUCGAAUACCUAUCCUUAUUCUGAUUGCACGAAUGCUAGCCUCUUCUGCUCGGUCGGCGAAACCCACGUCAGAUAGCAAGUGGAAAGGAGCUGAUUUGUCCUCCCGCGCUAACAUGAACUUAAAUCUGCUGAAUCAUCUACUUGUCUGCAUCGCACACAUCACUCAUGCUAUAUGCCCGUCAUUUCGUUUGCCACAACCACCUCUCCCUGUGGAUGUGGUUGCAACUUAUAAGUCAGUUACGGAGUCUCGGGUGACGGCAAAUGAGACGAAAUCAGAAAAUCACAAGCCGGUGGAGGCUGGACGAAAGCGUUCCCGGUGGGACGCUUCACUACAGACUCCGUCAGAACCGGACAAACCUGCGGUUCCUGUGAAUUCAUCAACCGCCACUUCACUUUUGUUUAGCAGCAUAUGGCCCAGUGACUCACCAGCUACCGCGCAAUUACCAAAUGAUGCGGUUCACGGAGUGCUAUACGAGCUGCUCUCCUGUGCAUUGGCUUGCUGGCCAACCAGGAUGGAUUGGUUGCAUCUCCGGGCCGAGCUGGAAUUCGUCAGAAAACAAUACCGCGCCGCAAUUUCAUCAUACUUAGAGAUAUGUGCCAUCAGCACCGAGUCUUUCACACGUCCUCUUCCUGGCUUUGUUAAAAAUGAAGAGUUUAUUUUUCGAAUGGUUCACUCGUGCCUUGCAAUCGGUCUCCUUGGAGAAAGUGUCGUAUUAUGUCAGCUUUGUCCAGACAAUCGCAUGAUAGAAUUCGGACUACAGUUGAUCGCAGGUAUGGUGGAUAUACCUGCAUCGGACCCCGUGAGCAAUGCGAACAACGACGGAAAUGAUGCACCGGCUUCUCACCUUCAUCCACAUCAGCAGCUGUACCAGAAGCAUCGGGCUCGCGGUGCCUGCGGUGGUUUGCUCAAUCCCACACCGCUUGAUUGUUUGGACAGCUAUGCGGACUACAUUUGGGAUGUCCGUCUCUUGGAAACCUUAUCUACAAGCGCACUUGGGCAGGGGGCGUUGGACCUACAUGCCAAGUUCAAUGCUUUUCUCUCGGUCCCGGAGCUCAACUGUAACAACCCGCCCCAUGUACUCUCCGAAACCGCGGAUGCACGAGCUUUGGAAUUUCUUGCAAUGAUGGCAGACAAGCAUAUGACCUGAGGUUUUGUUAGUUUUGUACAGGUAAUUUUCACACUUACUGUAUAUAGCAGAAUGCGUG